ACUCAGCCGUACCCAUGAUGAACUUUGACGGUCUCGACCCUGGGAUGGGUGAAUACCCGCCCAGCCUUCAUGGGACGCUGGAGCCGGGUAUGGAGCCCUCCAUGGAUCCGCACCUCAACCCCAGUCUCCUUCAGGGCGUGGAGCUCGAUCCAGAGGGGUUGAAUGUCACAGGCCCCGAGACAGUGCACCUCAUGGAGGGGAUGUUUUCUGAGCUGCACAGUGUCGUGUCAGAAGUCGGCAUCCCAGUCACUGCAACACAUUUCGACCUGCAGGAGGAAAUGCUCUGGAUGGGAAACCACAGAGGCCAUGCAAGCUCGUUCUUUGGACCAACAAUGGGCCGGUAUUCUUCUUUUCAAGCGCACUCCAACGAUGACAUCCGACAAAUUCAGAGUUUGGAAACAGGCGUGCUGUUCCUCUCCAAGAGCAACCUUAAAUGCCACACUCGUGGGGGCCUUGUCAUGUUUGAUUAUCCGAUGGAGGAAGGAGCUGAUAUGCAUAGUCUCCUCAUGACUGACAACAAUAUGAUGAUCAUGGGCGGAUUGCAAAACUAUGUGAUUGAACUUGACUUGAAUACGGUUCAAGAAACUCAAAAGUUCACAGUCGAGGUACCAGGAGUUGCAAUAAUGCGUCAAACCAGUCGUUUCUUCUUCUGUGGUCACACCUCUGGCAAGAUAACUCUUCGAGACCUGCGUACUUUCAAGACGGAGCAAGAGUUUGACGCCUUCUCGGGCAGCCUCUCGGACUUUGACGUUCAUGGGAACCUUCUGGCUGCGUGCGGAUUCUCCAGCCGAGGAAUGAAUGGAUUGGCAUGCGACCGAUUUCUCAUGGUGUAUGACCUCCGCAUGAUGAGAGCCGUAACUCCACUUCAGGUGCACGUCGACCCCCUGUUCUUGCGCUUCAUUCCCACCUACACGUCACGUCUGGCAAUCAUCUCACAGACAGGUCAGUGCCAGUUCUGUGAACCCACUGGUCUUGCCAACUUGGCAGACGUAUUCCAUGUCAACACGGUGGGGCAGCUGCUCAUGAGUUUUGACGUCUCAGCCAGCAAACAAGCCCUGUCCUUUGGGGACUCUGGGGGGUGUGUGCAUCUGUGGUCUGACGCUCCUGAAGUGUCCUUUAAUGAUUACUCCCGGGAGACGGAGUUUGCGCUGCCGUGCCUCGUGGACACGCUGCCUCAGCUGGACUGGAACCACGACCUGCUGCCCAUCUCGCUCAUCCCCAUGCCGCUGACCAGCACUGAGCCGCUGCUGUCGGACUGGUCUGCUGCCCUGGCUGCACCGAGUCCCAGACGAGCUCCGCCUGUGGACCCAGAGAUCCUGCGCACAAUGAAAACUGUUGGGUUCAUUGGUUAUGCAGCGAAUCCUCGCACCCGCCCUCGCAACCAGGUUCCUUACAAAAUCAAAGAUGUGGAGCUCGACUAUGAUAAUUACAAUCAGGUCCCUGAAUCACCCAUCGGGCGAGAUGAAGAGCCACACCUCUACAUGGUGCCCAAAAAGUACAGAAAGGUCACGAUUAAAUAUUCUAAACUGGGACUGGAGGACUUUGACUUCAAACAUUACAACAGAACCUUGUUCGCUGGCCUGGAGCCUCACAUCCCUAAUGCUUACUGCAACUGCAUGAUCCAGGUAUUAUAUUUCCUGGAACCAAUCCGGUGUCUGGUGCAGAAUCAUUUGUGCCAGAAGGAGUUUUGUUUGGCCUGUGAGCUCGGCUUCCUCUUCCACAUGUUGGAUUUGUCUCGAGGAGAUCCAUGUCAGGCCAGUAACUUCCUCCGAGCGUUUCGCACCAUCCCUGAAGCCUCGGCGCUGGGCCUCAUCCUCGCAGACUCAGACGAGCAAACGGGGAAAGCUAGACUCGGUCGCUUGAUCCAAAGCUGGAACCGCUUCAUCCUCACCCAACUCCACCAGGAGACGCAGGAGCAGGAGGGUCCGCAGGCCUACAGGGGAGCCAGCAGCAGUUCCCUGGGCUCCUCUGGUGAGUCUGUCAUUGGAAAGCUGUUUGGAUGUGAAGUGGAGAACAGCAGCCUGUGUCGCUGUGGCAAGGAGACGGUCCGCUCCUCCCUCACACUGCUCUUCACCAUGCAUUAUCCUGAGCAGAACUCUCAGGAAAAGACAAUAAAGGAGUAUGACUUCGCUGAGAUCCUGAAGAAGAGCAUCUGUCUGGAGCAGAGCACUCAGGCCUGGUGUGAAAACUGUGAGAAGUACCAGCCCACGGUGCAAACACGCAACAUUCGAUGUCUCCCAGAUGUGCUGGUUAUAAACUGUGAGGUGAACAGUGCCAAAGAGGCUGAAUUCUGGAAGGCUCAGGCGGAGUUUGCCUUCAAUAAGGUCAUGCAGAAAGAGGCGAUGGAACCUCCAAAACCUAAAGAACCCCCACCGAUGCCCACCGAGUGGUGCUUAGAUGGGGAGGACAUGUGCAACAUGGAGGGCUUUGCUGUCGACACUCGGGCGGAGGAUCUGCGACAUGUCUGGAUCCCUCCCACUCUCAAAAUGUCCAUCAGCAAAAGUCAGGGGCUGGAGAUCUGCAGCUGGCCUGAGGGGGAGGAGUUAAGCGCUGAUGAAGAGGCGGCGGGCACUUCUUUGUAUGACCUGGUGGUCACGGUGCCUCACGUCCUGGACGCCCGCACGGGCGGAAACCUGAUAGCACACAUCAAAGUGGGUGAGACGUACCAUCAGAGGAAAGAGGGAGUCACACAUCAGCAGUGGUACCUGUUCAAUGAUUUCCUAAUCGAGCCAAUUGAUAAGGCUGAAGCUGCACAGUUUGACUUGAGCUGGAAGGUGCCGGCCAUUCUUUACUAUGCCAAGAGGAACUACCACACCAAGUACGACCUCCGCAUUAAAAAUCCCAUCGACGCGAGCGUGCUGCUGACAGAAGCUUCACUGGCUCGGAAACAGAGGAAGAGUCACGCCACCUUCAUCCCGCUCAUGGUCAGUGAGAUGCCACAGGCCGGAGACCUGGUGGGGCUGGACGCAGAGUUUGUCACACUCAAUCAG